AUGCCUACUGAAUCGCCCGAGCAUCUCGCACACCGCAGAGUCUUGCUACAGCUGGAGCGCACCAUUGACGACCUUCGAAAGCAUACACUUGACAAGUCGCAAUUCAAGGGAUUGAAUAUUGAUUUCCAGCGCAUGACCCUUGACAGAGAAGAUUCAGCCUGCAAACCUUCCUUCUUCGCGCCAUACUCCAGCCUCCCGAAGCCCGAUGAUAGCAUUGUUGUUCAAGUCCGCUCAAGUUUGGAACGUGAGGACACCUGUUUCACGCGCCCAGCCGACCGGGCACGUCAGGUUGCAGGCCGCUAG